AUGGAGUCCAAGGAGCAGAUCCGCGAAGCCGAGUCCUUCAAGCGGCUCACUUUCCUCGCCGUCGCCAUCUCUACCGUCGCCACUUUGACCGCCAUUAUCAUUGUCCCGAUGCUGUACAACUACAUGCAACAUGUCCAGACUCAGUUGGACGAGGAGCUCGAGUUCUGCACUCACCGUACCAACAACUUGUGGGGACAGUACAAAUUCUUGUACGGAGAACAAGCUGCUCGUGAGAAGCGUAACGCCGCCGUUCGCAGAAUCCCUCAAGGCCAACGUAAGGGAAGAAGGAUGUCGCAACGCGCUCGUGCCGCCGGCACCUACGCCGAUGAUGGAUAUGGAGGAGCUGCCCCGGGAUCUCAGCCAGUUACCGCCGCCCCAGCUGCUGCUGGAGGAUACGGCGGAGAAUCUGGAGUUGCCGCCGGAUCCAUUGCUGCCGCCCCAGCCGCCGCUUCCUCUUCAAGCUGCUCCUGCGGCGUUGGCCAAGCCGGUCCGCCAGGCCCACCCGGAGAAGACGGACACGAUGGUAACGACGGACAAGCCGGACCCAACGGAGACAACGGACCAGACGCCCCAGCCGGACACCAGCCAUCUGAAUCCGACUUCUGCUUCGAUUGCCCGGCCGGACCAGCUGGCCCAGCCGGAAACCCCGGACCCAAGGGACCCAACGGACAGCCCGGACAGCCCGGUCCCGACGGACAGCCCGGUAACCCAGGAACUCAAGGACCACCCGGCCCAGCCGGACCACCCGGCAACAAUGGACAGCCAGGACAACCCGGUCCAGCUGGACAGCCCGGCACUGUCAACGAAGUCCCCGGCAUUCCAGGCCCAGCCGGUCCCGCCGGUCCACCAGGUCCAGCCGGUCCCAACGGCCAGCCAGGUGCUCCAGGAACCUCUCGGCCUGGCCCACCAGGACCAGCCGGAGAUGCGGGUGCUCCAGGACAGCCAGGACAGCCCGGCACCCCCGGAGGCGCCGGUCCCGACGGAGAGGCUGGAAAUGGCGGCGGUUGUGAUCACUGCCCUCCACCUCGCACUGCUCCCGGAUACUAA